GCCAUGAAUCCGUUAUUCGGCCCCAACCUCUUCCUCCUGCAGCAGGAGCAGCAGCAGGGCCUGGUCGGGCCGCUGGGGGACCCCUUGGGAGGCGACCACUUGGCCGGCGGCGGGGACGUGCCCCCGGCGCCGCUCGCCCCGGCCGGCCCGGCUCCCUACUCGCCUCCCGGGCCGGGCCCGGCGCCCCCCGCCGCCAUGGCGCUCCGCAACGACCUGGGCUCCAACAUCAAUGUGCUCAAGACCCUGAACCUCCGCUUCCGCUGCUUCCUGGCCAAGGUGCACGAGCUGGAGCGCCGCAACCGACUGCUGGAGAAGCAGCUGCAGCAGGCGCUGGAGGAGGGUAAGCAGGGCCGGCGGGGCUUGGCUCGCCGCGACCAGGCCGUGCAGACCGGCUUCGUCAGCCCCGUCCGACCCCUGGGGCUGCCCCUGGGCACCCGGCCGGCUGCCGUCUGCACUCCGUCGGCGCGGGUGCUGGGCUCGCCCGCGCGCUCGCCGGCCGGCCCCCUCGCGCCCUCCGCGGCCUGCCAUCCGGCGCCCUCCACCUCCACCGCCUACUCCUCGUCGGCCCGCUUCAUGCCUGGCACCAUCUGGUCCUUCUCUCACUCCCGCCGGCUUGGGCCGGGACUGGAGCCUACUCUGGUGCAAGGGCCUGGCCUAUCGUGGGUGCACCCCGACGGGGUGGGCGUCCAGAUCGACACCAUCACCCCCGAGAUCCGUGCGCUCUACAACGUGCUGGCCAAAGUGAAGCGCGAGCGGGACGAGUACAAGCGGAGGUGGGAAGAGGAGUACACGGUGAGGCUGCAGCUGCAGGAGCGUGUGAACGAGCUGCAGGAGGAAGCCCAGGAGGCUGAUGCCUGCCAGGAGGAGCUGGCCAUGAAGGUGGAGCAGCUGAAGGCCGAGCUGGUGGUCUUUAAGGGGCUCAUGAGCAAUAACCUGUCCGAGCUGGACACGAAAAUCCAGGAGAAGGCCAUGAAGGUGGACAUGGACAUCUGCCGCCGCAUCGACAUCACUGCCAAGCUCUGCGACUUGGCUCAGCAGCGCAACUGCGAGGACAUGAUCCAGAUGUUCCAGGUCCCGUCCAUGGGGGGGCGGAAGCGGGAGCGCAAGGCCGCUGUCGAGGAGGACACCUCCCUGUCGGAGAGUGACGGGCCCCGCCACCCCGACGGGGAUGAGGAGGAGAGCACGGCCCUCAGCAUCAACGAGGAGAUGCAGCGCAUGCUGAACCAGCUGAGGGAGUAUGAUUUUGAGGACGACUGUGACAGCCUGACUUGGGAGGAGACUGAGGAGACCCUGCUGCUCUGGGAGGAUUUCUCGGGCUAUGCCCUGGCCGCCGCAGAGGCCCCGGGAGAGCAGCCGGAAGACAGUUUGGAGAAGGUGAUUAAAGAUACCGAGUCGCUGUUCAAAACCCGGGAGAAAGAAUAUCAGGAAACCAUUGACCAGAUAGAGCUGGAGCUGGCCACGGCCAAGAACGACAUGAACCGGCACCUGCACGAGUACAUGGAGAUGUGCAGCAUGAAGCGGGGCCUGGACGUGCAGAUGGAGACCUGCCGCCGGCUCAUCACCCAGUCCGGGGACCGAAAGUCUCCUGCUUUCACUGCGGUCCCGCCUAGCGACCCGCCGCCACCGCUGCCAAGCGAGGCUGAGGACUCCGAUCGCGAUGUCUCAUCUGACGGCGCCGUGAGAUAGGGACCUCCUCCAGCUCGGCCCCCUGGGACUCACCUAGGCGGGGGGCUGGGGGGCUCACGGAAGGGAACGCCGUUUGUCCUGCAGCACCGAGCCUGGCCCCGGGGACUGGGCGCUCCUCCCCAGCUUCCUCCCUCAGUCCUCGGCCUCUCUAGUGUUCUGGGGUGUCUGGAGCGAGGCUUGGCCUGCCCUUCCCGGGCGACUCCCUGCACAGCCGGCUCUCCUGCCUUCAUGCGUGGGUGUCUGCUACUUGCCCAUCUUUAAAACGCUGCCAGAGCGCUCGUGGCCCCUCAUCCUCUCCACUGAGUAAGGAAUGUGAUUGUCCUUCCUUCCGUCCCUGUGGCCUCGAGCCAGCUGGCCAUCUUGAUUCUGUACUGGUGCUACCUGGCCCAGGCACUGGUAUGAAGGGGAUUAGGCUGGACGGACCUUCUGUGGCUUGUGCAACAGAGGGGGCUUCCCUCCGUGUUGAGAGUGGAGGGUGUGGGACUGAGCAGGGCACUGUGUCCCCGCUGUUGUCCAAGUGCUCAUGGCUGGCUGCCCGUUGACAGCAGAGAGAUGUGACUGUGACCCUUCCCUGGUGGAAGUGCCACGCAUUACAGGGGCCUUAGUGCAUCUGGUCCAGGCGGCUCCUGGGUCUGACUGGGUGCAGCAUCGUGGAGGGAGAGGGAAGCUCCUGCUUGUCUCCCGGUCACCAUCGGCUGACAGAAGGGUGAAGCCGCGUGUGCGCACGCACGGGUGUGUGCGCGUGCAUGGGAGCAUGUAUGUGGGCGUGUGGGCGCGUGUGUGCUCAGGCAUCAGCUGAAGGUGUGCUGCCUCCGUGCCUGUCACACACUGAGACCAAUAAGCUGAGUAAGAAGACGUUCUGGACUCAGAAAAGCUUGGAGAACGGGGGCAACGAGACCGAGGGUCCCUCAGCAUCACUGCCUGAGACAGGCUGGGUUGAGCUGACGUUUGAGUGGAAUCUAAUAAUAAUGAAACU